UCUGUAAUUAGAUCACAAGAAUCUCUCUUUCAACUUCUCUCUCUCUCCUAUGACAAAACAAUACACAAGAGAAUAAGAAGAAGAAGAUUAAAAGAGUGAAAAGCUUGAGAUGAUGAAGUAAGAAGAAGUCAUCUUCUUUCUUGCGGAGAAAGUUAGAAGUUGAAGAGACAAAAGGUGAGACCUUUCAUACAUCUUUCGAUUUCUUGAUUUAGACCUACAAUGCAAAUUCUGAUUCUUGACUAGGGUCUAACUCUGUUUCUCGAUCUUAGCCUGAUUCUUUCUAGUUUGACUUGUUCUGAAUCGAAAAAUUAGGUUGAGAUUUUGAUCCAUUUACUGGUUUUGUACGACUUGAAAAAUAUUGGAGAUUCUGAUUUGGGGAUCAAAUGGAGAACGUUGAUGUUUCAAAGUACAUACACAGCUCUGUGCACAGAGCCGUUGCUUCUAAAGACUAUGUUGGUCUUAAGUCAAUACUGUCUUCUCUUCCAAAGCCUAAAGAUCCUUGUGAGAUUCAAACAGAAGCAGCUUCAUUAGCCGAAGAAGCAAAAUCAGAUGCCAUUUCUGCUGUGAUUGAUAGAAGAGAUGUUCCAAGCCGCGACACGCCGCUACAUUUAGCUGUGAAGCUAUGUGACUCAACAUCAGUUGAAAUGCUUAUGGUGGCUGGAGCUGAUUGGACUUUACAGAACGAGGAAGGGUGGAACGCGUUGCAAGAAGCUGUUUGCGGUAGACAAGAAGCGAUUGCGAUGAUUAUAGUCAGGCACUAUCAGCCACUUGCUUGGGCUAAAUGGUGUAGGAGACUACCUCGUUUGAUAGCUACGAUGAGUAAGAUGAAAGAUUUUUACUUGGAGAUGAGUUUUCACUUUGAAAGCUCUGUUGUGCCUUUUGUCUCUAAGGUUGCACCGUCUGAUACUUAUAAGGUUUGGAAGGUGGGAUCUAAUUUGAGAGCUGAUAUGACUAUGGCUGGUUUUGAUGGGUUCAAGAUUCAACGGUCUGAUCAGAGUAUAUUGUUUCUUGGUGAUGGGUCAGAGGAUGGUGAAGUUUCUCGUGGAUCUCUUUACAUGGUGAAUCAUAAAGACAAAGAAGUGGUGAAUGCAUUGGAUGGUGCUUGUGGAGUUCCAUCAGAAGAAGAUGUUAAGAAAGAAGUGGCUGCGAUGUGUAAGAGCAAUAUCUUUAGACCAGGGAUUGAUGUGACACAAGCUGUUCUGUCUCCUCAGACGAAUUGGAGGAGGCAGGAGAAGAGUGAGAUGGUUGGUCCUUGGAAAGCUAAGGUUUAUGAGAUGAACAAUGUGGUUGUUAGCAUUAAGUCUAGAAAGGUUCCUGGUGCAUCGGGUGAUCAGAAAGAGAACGGCGAUGAUGAUCUCUGCGAUGUUUUAACAGAUGAAGAGCAAAAGCAACUAGAAGCUGCUCUUAAGUUAGAUUUACCAGACUUCCCAAAUGUAAGUGGUGAGAAUGGUUUCAUUGAUCAUCAUCAGCAGCACGACGAUCAUAUUGAAGUUCCUGCCAUGGAUUUUAGUCAGUCUAACAAGAAAGGAGAGAAGAAAGGUUGGUUAGGAGGAUGGAGAAAAAAAGAGAGUAAACAAGAGAAGCAAAUUCAAUACGCACCACCGAGAAGCUCCCUUUGUGUGAAUGAGAAAGUGAGUAAUCUCUUGGGAGAGUCUAAUCAGAUAAAACCAGGAAGACACUCAGUAGAUAAUGAGCAUUAUAGGAAACCAAAAGCAUCAGUCUCUGGUAAGACACACCAAGAAAGUGAAUACAAGAAAGGGUUACGUCCUGUUCUCUGGCUAUCUCCAAACUUCCCAUUACAAACUGAAGAGCUGCUUCCUUUACUUGACAUACUUGCAAACAAAGUUAAAGCUAUACGUCGUCUCAGAGAACUUCUUACCACAAAGCUUCCCACUGGAACAUUUCCAGUCAAGGUUGCUAUACCAGUGGUACCUACGAUAAAAGUGCUAGUUACAUUUACAAAGUUUGAAGAAAUUGAGCCUGUAGAUGAGUUUAAGACGCCUCUCUCGAGCCCGACUGCUUCUGGAUAUGAGAGUCCAGCUGCUGCAACUGACUUCACAAACUCAUCGUCGUCGUGGUUUCGUCGGUCUAGAUCAAACAAAGAUGGUUCGACGAGUAGUAGUAGUAAGUCGAAAACGUUACAAGACCCAUUUGCUAUUCCCACAGGUUAUACUUGGGUGAGUCUUGAAUCAAAGAAAAGGAAACAAGAUAAACAACAAAAACCCAAAAAGGGUAAAAAGGCAGAACAAGGCUAACUAAUAAUCACUUCAACAAGUCUUGAGAACAUAUAAUAACUAACCUACGCAGGUCUUCUUCAUGAGAUUUGGUCGUGAGUAUACAUAUAUCAAAGAAAGGCUUAUGCUUUAUUGAAGUGGUUCACACAGUCAUUUUUUUGUAACAUAAACUGAAGACAUUUGCAAUAAUGUAUGUUUUAAAUUCGGUUGGGAUUUA